GUUGGCAUCUACAGAUACGGACUAGACUGCUUGUUCAAACGAUGUGAUAAGAAAGCGCCUACUACAUACACACCCUAGCAGCAUUAUAGCUGUCUAAUAAACAUAACCUCACAAAAAUAAAAAUAGAUGCAAAUACAACUACGAGCUAAGUGUGAACUCACACCACACCACGUCUCAUUUUAUCUCAUCUCGUCGCUCACAUAAAUCACACCACACCACACCGCAACCACACUACAACACAACAAUGCCUUUUGUCGAGGUAGGCGGUAUGAAACACGACCAUGUUGGCAGAGACGCAGUCGUUGAGCCCAGCACAGUCGAUGAACUGCUACAGCCGCUGGGGGUUUGGUCCGUCUGGCACGCAAGCAUAUACAUCGCAUGUCUGUUGCAGGCUAUCGCUGGGGCUAUGCGGGUGAUGCUGGCUGUAUACACACACGUAGAUAUUGAUGUACAGUGUAAUCUACCCUU